CUGGCCCCCCUCUGCCUCUACACCAUCCUCCAGCCUCCACCUCCUGCGGGACGCGGACACCGCCUAGCGAGCCGGCACCAUGAGCAUAGACGAUUUUGUAGGCAAGUGGAGCCUCUUCUCCAGCGACGGCUUUGACGAGUACAUGAAGGAAUUAGGUGUGGGUAUGGCCCUGAGGAAAAUGGGGAGCAUGGCCAAACCAGAUGUUUACAUCAUCAAGGAUGGAGAUACAGUCACCAUAAAAACAGAAAGCACCCUUAAAAAUUCACAGCUCAGCUUCAAGCUGGGUGAGAAAUGUGAGGAAACUACAUUAGAUGGCAGGAAAGUUCAGACUCUUAUCACCUUCGAUGGUAACACAUUGAUUCAGCUCCAGCAGUGGGAUGGCAAGGAGUCCACAAUAACACGGAAGAUAGAGGAUGGGAAACUGGUGGUGGAAUGUGACAUGAAUGGUUGCAAGUGUACGAGAGUCUACCAGAAAGCAUGAGGACAUUGUCUCCAUACAGGGUUGGAGCUUGCUACAAACCAGCUCAGUUUAGUGAACAAAGCUCCUCUACUCUUCAGGUUUUUCCUUUUCCCUGUUUUGUCGUAUUUCAAUGGACUACACAGCUGUGUGCAAUCAUAGUUCAAAGCCAUGAUGUAACUAUUCUGAACGGUUGUGGCUGUUAAAUAAAAUUUUCAGAUAUAUGAAGUGGA